GUAAGUUGACAGUACUCACCAGCGCAAGGUAGAACAAAUCCGGUCACUGGCAUAUCGUGAUCAUCUCGCGCUGUAUGCUACUGACAGCAUAGGCGUGCUUGCAAGAUUUGGCAGCCCAAAAGCAUUAUGCAGCGACGAAUGCUCCCAGCGGAUGAAAGACUCGCACAAGAACCUCGAGGAGCAUAUGGGCGCUAAUAAAUUUACGUUUCCGGCGGCGGCAAUCUCUUGUAGGCGCCGCGGCACUCAGGGGCGCAUGGUGACCUGAACGCCGAGCACAUAUUGAACGCAUAGCAGGGACGUCGUUGGACGAUUAUUCGGUGAGUGUAGCUAACAAGCCAGCAGAUGACACGUCUCAUCUUUCUUUGCAUAAGCGUACACCAUAUGUGCGACCUCAUCAAACAGCCGCUUGUGGAUCGUCUGCCAACGGAGAUUCUUGCCCAUGUGCUUGUGCUCUAUGCAAACGACGCGUUCGAGAGACGGACGAAAGAGCGCCAUUUCACGCAAUGGCAAUCGGACAUCGUGUACGCUCUCCGUAAAGGGAAAAGCCCUUACGUGUUCCUCGACGUCACUCGGAGAUGGCGUGCAGUUACUCUCAGCUGCCCAGGGUUUUGGAGCAACAUCGUAGUCGGACCGAGACGCAAGGUCAAGCUUCUGCUUGAACGGUCCGGGAAUUGCGCCUUGUAUGUUUUCUGUCUAGCGUCGGAUACCGAAGGGCAUGACACCUCGGACACGAGGCAUGCCGUUUUGAAGCUUACGCUCGAACAUCUCCACCGUAUUCGCUCUCUUCAGCUCAUUGUGCGUGCUCGGGAUGCUGGUCUGGAACCUUGUGCACUCUACGAUACCGCAACUGCGCCUCUGCUUGGAUCCCUGUCAAUUUUUUUCGUGGAAGAUACAAGCCAAAUGCAUGAGAACAUCCGAAAGAACCCGAUCCGGAGCAUAGGCGCAAAAUGGAUCGCCCCUCGCCUGCUACGGCUCAGGACGCAUGGUGGAAGCGAUCGCUCCACAACCCUCAACAAUUUUGUACCGCUCCAGCUCAAAGAUACACUCACUCACCUUGUAUGGCUCCCCGCUCACUCAUUCCCACCAAGGACCCCCUUCUCAUGCGCAGAAGAUGUGCUAUUGGUCUUGAAAUCGCUACAGCAUCUCGAGACUCUUCACAUUGGUUUCGCGAAAGAGCUUGCCGACGAUCUUUCCGCAUCGCAGGUCACUUGUGCAAAACUCCCGUACCCUCGUCGAUUGUUGCUGGAGGGUAACGUCGACAUUUGCCUUGGGGUCCUCGAGCGCUUAGAGUUUCCAGAACUGUUACAACAGUUUGGAGUUCUUGUCAGGCGAACAAGCCGACGGAAUGAUGGUAUGGUGCAACUUACUGAUUUCCUAAUAGACUUUGCUCAAUCGCAAGACUGGUUGAGCCCCAACGUCCCCGUGCGGCAGUUCUAAACGCUGUGCAUCCGGCCGGACACGCGAAGGGGCUCGGGUGUCCAAAUAGUGGCCUGGGAAGACGUCCGCCCGCCGACGCGCUUUCCGGUGCCUGGCUUCAUGCAUGGCUACUACCUCGGCAAACCCGAAUGCGAGCCUUUGGACCUCUGCCUAUCGCUUCCACAUGCGCUUCCUCGCCCUUACUUCGGGCGCUUCUUCAGGGGCGCGCGGUUAGACGCGGUGCAAUCGUUGCAGCUCGGGAUUUUACUGCGCCACCGCGAGGGAUAUAUGUCCUUGCCUACUCAGUGGGCGGACGUUGCAGCUCGCCUGAAGGUUGUCAAGACACUUGCGUUCACCAGGCACGCGGAUUCGCGGACGCUGUCUCGCCAUCUUUUCUCCGCGCUUGAUGAAGCAGAAUGCAAAUCUCAUUUCCCGCUAUCAAGACAGCUAUGUAUCUCCGGCUUGGGCACAGAAGAACGAAAAGUGGAACGAGUCCUG